AUGCCUUUGCCUUUGGCAACACCAAGUACCUUAAUUUCUCUUUUUACAGACUUUACGAAUAUUCAAAUAUUGCUACAGCAACAAUAUCAACAACAAUAUUUGCAACUUUUUAUAAACCCUUUAGCCUUUCCUUUAGCUUUGAAUAAUCCUAAUUCCAAUACUAUGAAUAACAAAACACUCUUCUUAGCCUUGAAUAAACCUAAUGAUAUGAAUAACAAACAAGAAAAUUCAUCAGCUUCUCAAACUAUUUUAGAACUUACUUUUAGUUCUUCAGAAGUAGGAAAAAAACAAUCUUCAUUGCAACGAGAAUUUUUUGAUGAUAUGGAUGAACAUUUGAAGAAAGAUUCAAGUAUUACAGCACCUAUCACAAGUGAUUCGAUCAAUAGAGUAAAAUGCAAACUACAAAAAACUAAGAAUAAUAAUGAUGAUGACGAGUUUCAUAUACUUAUUAAAGAACAAACUGAAACUAUUAUUGAAUCUAUAAAAGAUCAAUAUGAUAAUACUUUUAAGGCUUAG